AUGAAACUAUCUUGGAAAACUUUUUUACUCUGGUCUUUACCUAUAGUCAUUAUUGGCUUUUUUCUAUGGCAAGGUUUUAUUACACCUGCAAAUAAUGAGCUAAAUAAUAAUAUCGCUAACUCAAGAAUGACUUAUGGACGAUUCCUUGAAUAUUUAGAGAUGGGUUGGGUAAAACGAGUAGAUAUGUACGAUAAUGGACAUACUGCUAUUGUUGAAGCUGUUGGACCAGAAUUAGGCAAUCAUGUACAAAAAAUUAGAGUAGAACUUCCUACAAGCGCACCUGAGUUAAUCAGUAAAUUGAAACAUGCCAAUGUUGAUAUAGAUGCACAUCCAAAUAAAAAUACAAGUGCUAGUUGGAAUUUAAUAGGAAAUUUAUUAUUUCCAUUAUUUCUAAUAGGUGGCUUAGCAUUUUUAUUCCGUAGGUCUAAUAACACCAAUAGUGGUCCAGGACAAGCUAUGUCCUUUGGAAAAUCUAAAGCAUUAUUUCAAAUGGAAGCAAAAACAGGUGUAGUAUUUAAUGAUGUAGCUGGAAUUGAUGAAGCAAAAGAAGAAUUUGAAGAAGUAGUAACUUUUUUAAAGCAACCAGAAUGUUUUACAGCUGUAGGAGCUAGGAUACCUACAGGUGUGUUACUUGUUGGUCCUCCUGGAACUGGAAAAACUUUAUUGGCAAAAGCUAUAGCAGGUGAAGCUAAUGUACCUUUUUUCAGUAUUUCAGGAUCAGAAUUUGUCGAAAUGUUUGUCGGUGUAGGAGCAUCAAGAGUUAGAGAUUUAUUUAAAAAAGCAAAAGAAAAUGCACCUUGUAUUGUUUUUAUUGAUGAAAUUGAUGCCGUAGGUCGACAAAGAGGAACAGGUAUAGGAGGCGGAAAUGAUGAACGAGAACAAACACUUAAUCAAUUAUUAACUGAAAUGGAUGGCUUUGAAGGUAAUACAGGAAUAAUAGUAAUUGCAGCAACUAACAGAGCCGAUAUAUUGGAUUCAGCAUUAUUAAGACCUGGACGUUUUGAUAGACAAGUAGCUGUCGAAGUUCCCGAUUUUAAAGGACGACUAGCUAUUUUAAAAGUACAUGCACGUAAUAAAAAGAUAGAUGAAAGCGUAUCUCUAAAUAUAAUAGCAAGAAGAACUCCUGGUUUUUCGGGCGCGGAUUUAGCUAACUUACUUAAUGAAGCUGCUAUCUUAACAGCAAGAAGAAGAAAACAAACUAUUACAUUAAAUGAAAUAGAUGCAUCUAUAGAUAGAGUUGUUGCUGGCAUGGAAGGAACUCCUUUAAUUGAUAGUAAAAGUAAACGCUUAAUAGCAUAUCAUGAAAUUGGGCAUGCUAUAGUAGGAACUCUAUUACAAGAUCAUGACCCUGUACAAAAAGUAACUCUAAUACCUAGAGGACAAGCAAGAGGAUUAACUUGGUUCACACCUUCAGAAGAUCAAAGUUUAAUUUCAAGAUCUCAAAUCAAAUCUAGAAUAAUGGGUGCAUUAGGCGGAAGAGCCGCAGAAGAAGUAGUGUUUGGAGACGCAGAAGUUACGACAGGUGCAAGUAAUGAUUUACAACAAGUGACUUCAAUGGCAAGACAAAUGGUAACAAGAUUCGGUAUGUCCAACAUAGGACCUCUUUCUUUAGAAAAUGAAGAGACCAAUCCUUUUUUAGGAAGAGGAAUGAGUAAUUCCAAUGAAUAUUCAGAUGAAAUAGCUAUUAAAAUUGAUAAACAAAUACAAGAAAUAGUAAAAGAAUGUCAUAAUAAUACAAUUAAGAUAAUAGAAGAUAAUCGUGUAGUUAUUGACAGACUCGUAGAUCUAUUAAUAGAACAAGAAACGAUUGACGGUGAAGAAUUUAGAAAAAUUAUUAACGAAUAUACGCUUGUACCGGAGAAAUAUAAUUACGCAAUAUAA